CAGUACUGCACUCUUUCCAACUACUCAACAGCACAGGAGUGUUAGCUAGCGUCAUAGGCGAGCUAGCUAGCUAAUUUAAACGCUACUUUUCAUGUUGUGCUGUUUUAUGUUUACCUGAGCGCUUACAUCCUCCACUUCCAAACACACACGGCUUGUCUUGUACACAGUCGAAUGGAUUUGGCGUGUCGUGAGGAUGGACGACUCCUAAACACAGGCGCCGGUGAGCCGCUGGCUGUCAUGGCCGUCCGGGCCGGCCGUGACCCGUCGCUGACCGGCGACCAGCGAGCCCUGCUCAACCUGACGGCCCUGGAGGACACCAGCCGGGUGUGCUCUUACUUCGGCACCACUCAGACAGACAUCCAGCCAUACAUGAGGAGAAUACUAGCUGUGUGGAUGUUCCAGGUGUGCGAGGAGCAGAAAUGUGAGGAAGAGGUGUUUCCACUGGCGGUAAAUUACCUGGACUGUUAUUUGAGCCGCUUCCUGACGGAAAAGAAGCACUUGCAGCUUUUAGGAGCUGUUUGCAUGUUCCUGGCCUCCAAACUGAGAGAGGCAGUUCCACUGAGCGCCACCAUGCUUUGUAUCUACACAGACAGCUCCGUAUCAGUUUCCGACAUCCUGCAUUGGGAGGUGCUUGUGCUCUCAAGGUUAGACUGGUGCCUUGCCUCUGUGUUACCCUCUGACUUCCUUGAGCCAGUUCUUCAUGCCAUACCCUUUGUUAACCCAGGCCAACUUCAAAACAUGCGCAGGCAUGUUCACUCUUACAUUGCCCUGGCAGCAAUAGAAUACAUGUUUUCAGUGUUCUUGCCCUCCACUAUUGCAUGUGCCUGUGUUGGGCUUGCCACACAGAGGCUGAAGUUUCUGGAUGGUACCGCCUCUCCCGAUUCAGUCAUGAAGCUUUUGGCCAACCUUUUGGUCAUUGAUCUGAACUCUAUCCGACUCUGCUAUGAGCAGCUGGUCAGCGUGUUGGAGCUCUGCUUGCCCUCCAGCCCAGAGACCAGCUGCACACCGGCUGACAUUCAGGAUGUUCUCUUCACACCUGGGACAUUUCCCCAAGCAAACACUGUCGCACUCCACCCUGUCGUAAAUUGCGAGUGUACCUUUUGAAUUAAUAGCCAUGGGACAAAGGAGUACGAAACACUUGGCAGCUAUUUGUGUCUGUUCAUAAAACAAAGUAUGAUAAAUAUGAACAUCGUUGUCAUUUUAACUUACUGUUUUUCCACGUUGAUUUAAGGGAUGCCACUGACACUUAAAUGGUCAGCGUUUGAUAUAAUUCAGUGUUCUGUGAUCUUUUCAUGCUGUUGCUGCUUGUUUUUUUUCUUAAACUGUAAAAUGUAUUUUGCACAAAAGGCUUUGAGAACUAUGAAUCUGAUGUUUGCUCUAGAUUUUCUUAUUAAGUAUGUUAAGACACCUCAGGGGCAACUUGUAACUUUACCUUGUGUGAUAUCACCAGAUAUACUGCAGUGAAUUGCACAUUUUAAACGCGAGUGUUUCAUUUAAUAUGUACUAGUAAAAUUCUCAAUUUCAUUCCAAAAUGUUUUUGUUUGUUUGACACUCUCUUUGUAGCUUUGCAGACAUACUGUGGACAUUUCUCCACUGGUUUCAGUAUCACAUUUCAUUCCCCUGCAGUUAUAAAUCAAAAUUAUAAAACAUCUACCUGCAGUAAAGAUUUAUAUUUAGGUCACAGUCAAUUUGAGGCAGUUAUCAAGUAAGCUUUUUUUUUUUUUUUUAUUGAUUUCCUUGUUCAGGUCAGAUAAGGGUGACAGAGCACACCAUAAUGCAAAACAUAAGCCAGUAACUUUGGCAAACAUGAUUGUUGCUCUCAAGGGGAUAAAAAAAAAAAAACACCGUAGAACCUGCAUGUCGACUAUUUCCAGACAAAUGUUACUUGUGUGUAAUACAAACAAUGCAAAUUUGUGGGGACCAAUAAACAUUUGACAAAAACGGAAGCAUAACACAUCAUAGAUUUAAU